AUGGCCGCCUCCGUCUCUGAGCGGCUGCCUGCCGAGAUUGUGCAGCGCAUCUGCGAGAUUGUAUACCUGGACAGUAUACCGUUAUGCUCACUACGUCUAUUGGAUCCAGAUAUUGUGCCGUCCGCUGCGUUUGACGCACAAGCCGUGUCCACCUCUAUUGACGAUACACAGCAAGUUCUGUACACGCUGUGCCUAGUCAACCGCACCUUCUAUCGCUAUGCACAUCCGCUCUUGUACCGGCGUGUACAAAUUACACUGCCUUAUCGCUUCAUGCUGCUGUUAGACGACGCCCUUUCCUCUGCGGCUGUGUUUCCCACUCAGAAUGCCAGCUCGCUCUCGAGUAUCCGUAUGCUGGACUUUUCGGCGUUCCGUGCGCUAGGACUGCGUCGCACAGUCGGCGAAAGCACCGAGCGGCGCUUUGUGACAGCAGAGCGCCUUUUUGCGUUGAUUCAUGCGACGACAGGCUUGGUCGCUUUCGGUUCGAGUGAGACGAUGGACAGCGCCUUGUCGCUGGAAGUGCUGGAAGCUCUCCUGUUCCGUGAUGGUGAGGCAAGUCGGCCAAGUCGUAUGCGUGACGUAAGUAUGGAGCGUGGGGCGAGUCCCAUUCAUACCGCCUUACAAAGCCUUGACUUGUGUGGCUGCACCAGCCCCAAAUUCAUCGAGGCCAUGCAUCAGUUUGUGCAAAAGCACUUGGAGCGGAUGACGCCACGAUACAGUAUGUACGAUGUACCGGAAGAAAGUGAUGAUGCUAUGGGUAUGGAGGAAGAAACGCGUGGCCGCUCGCGACGUACGGUACACACACAUGCUCGCCACCCUUCUCGGCAUCGCAUGCUGUCCAACACGCGAAAAAGGAUGUUCCCCUCGCUACAUCGCUUAGGUCUCGCUGGCGUCUCCAUUCCCCGAAGUGAUUUGGCGUCGUUUGUACUCUCGUUCCCCAACCUGACGCACCUAGACCUCUCGCAAACGAGAGUGGAUGCAGCGAUGCUGGACUGUAUUGCCACGUCAAGCAUGCAACUGGAAAGCUUGUCCUUAUCGCGAUGCCGCGCCCUCACGUCGGAAUCCAUCACAAACCUGCUCAUUUCGUCGCCUGUUACAGAAGGAUUGCUGGAGCUUGCGCUGCAAGGGACACUGCUCUUCCCCACGCCACUGUCGCCAGAUGAUAUGCGCACUAUCGUGACCCAUGCACCCUGCAUGCGCAGCGGCAAUCUUCGGUUCUUGGAUCUCGGUGGAUGCCCGCUGAGUGAUGAAGAGCUGAGCAUGAUACCGGCGCAGCAUGCACUGCUUGACUUGGGCCUAAGUGCGAUUCCUACUAUUACGCUGCGUGGAGUCAGCGCCUUCUUGCAGAGCACUGCGCCCAAUGUGCAAGUGCUGGACUUGUCACAAAGCGCUGUACCACAUGGCCAUAUUCACGCAGUGCAUUUAUACCAUGAGCUGCUCGCGCCGUGUACGCAGCCACCGCCAGCGAUGGAAAUUGCCGAGCAGCUAAAAGCAUUGGGCUUAAAACGCGACGACGCAGAUGCUCCCUCCACGGAAAACUGGACGCCGCCGACCAACCUGCGUGUGGUGGAGCUUUCGUCCGCGGCGCUGGGCACCGUCCGUGGCGGUGUGGGAUCGUGGAAAGUCGUCUGGGGCGCAGGACGUCGCGGAUGGGUCGUCGAUACGGGCGCAGGCCCGGCUCCUCAGGCGUUUGAUAUUCCUGUCUCCAACGUCGAAGCAGCGUCACGAGGACGUACACGCAUCCCUGAACAGGUUGUCCCACGCCGCCCUGCCAUGAGCAUGGAACGUAGCAGCCGUAUCGUGGAGGAGCGAGAAGAACGAGGACGAACGCCUGACCGGCGUGGCCAUGGACGUCGGCCUGUAUCGCGCUCGCCUUUCCAUGACAACCGGCUGGCCAUGGCUGCAUUCGAGUCGCGAUCCCGAUCCUUGUCGCUCUCACGCAACCAGGAACGGCAGGAACGUCGAGUGCCUUUGAUGCGGACCGAGCCUGUGCAUGUGGAACCGCAAGUCAUUCGCAACCUCGCCGACGACCAUCCUCGACGCAAGAUGCUAGAGCACGUUGCCUCCCUCGAAGGUCGCGUGCCAGGCAGCUUUGGAUGGCACAGUCACAAGAUGGAGGUGCUACUGGGGUAUGGCCUGCUAGGCCAUGAAAAGGGAAGUUAUGCAUGGUUUGCCUAUCAAGACGCCUAA